UUCGAAGGGGACGCAUUUAACCGAUGCACAAAUGUGAGUCGAUGGCUGCUGGAGAGAUGCAGAACGUUAACUGUGGUUGUAAAGGUAUAAGGACAUGUUUGAGAUGCGAGGCGGAGGAGUCUAAACUACAUUUCCCUCAGAAGGACGAUCUGAUACAUUAUGAUUUCGCCUAUGAUCCAGUGUCACAGUCAGCUGUCCAAAAGGAGUCGAGUGGCCCUCAACAGUCCUUUGCGUUUCCUGGAAUAUUUUUGUGGGAGAAUUUUGUGUCAGAAGAUGAAGAAAGGGAACUGAUCACCAGAAUGGAUGAAGAAGUCUGGAGAGAAUCUCAAUCUGGCCGACGAAAACAGGACUUUGGGCCGAAGGUGAACUUCAAGAAGCAGCGCGUCCGUGUGGGAAACUUCACCGGCCUGCCUGCUAUCAGCCGUCACUUGGUGGACAGGAUGUCAAAGGCACCUCAGUUGGCCUCCUUCAGGCCAGUAGAGCAGUGCAACCUCGACUAUGAUCCCCUCAGAGGCUCUGCCAUCGACCCUCAUUUAGAUGAUAGCUGGCUGUGGGGAGAGCACCUGGUCACCGUCAACCUGCUCUCAGACACCGUCCUCACCAUGAGUUUAGAUCGAGGCUGGGCAGACAUGGACGAUGGGGAAGUGCGGGUGGCUGUGCGUUUACCACGCAGAUCGCUGAUUGUAGUCUACGGAGAAGCACGUCAUCGGUGGAAACAUGCCAUCCACAGGAAGGACAUUCGGGGCCGCAGAGUGUGCAGCACCUUCCGGGAGCUGUCUGAGGAGUUUCUACAGGGAGGAGAGCAGGAGAAACUGGGCUCAGAGUUGUUAGAUAUAGCACUGAGCUUUAAGGGUAUACCUUCAUAAAUUGCCUUUAUUUUGAUAUGUGAAUGCACACACAACUGUAAAGUGAUUAUUUUUAACUCUUAAUUUAAAUAAAUGCAUAUUCUUUUUA